ACUGUCUCUUCUUCUUCAUCUUCUCUCUCUCUCUCUCUCUUCAUAAAUUUGCAUUAUAAAUCACAUCCACUUUGCUCCUCCCUCUUCAACACAAUCUUCAUCUUCUCCACUCUCAUUCCCUUUCUCUCUCUGACACAUUUACUACUUAUCCUUCUUGCGUUCUUCUCCUCCCUCCACACACACACACACACACAAACAACGACAUAUAGUAUACAUUGAGAAAGAAGAUGUCUAGCAGAAGAUCAAGACAGUCAGGGAGCUCAAGAAUCUCUGACGAUCAGAUUUCUGAUCUUGUAACAAAGCUCCAACACCUUAUCCCUGAACUCCGCCGCCGCCGUUCUGGCAAGGUGUCAGCAUCCACGGUACUACAAGAGACUUGCAGCUACAUCAGGAACUUGCACAGAGAGGUUGAUGAUCUAAGUGACCGUUUGUCGGAACUCUUGGCUUCAACGGACGACAACAGCGCGGAAGCAGCCAUCAUUAGGAGCUUGCUUAAUUAAUAAAUUCUCAUUAAUUAAUCUGAGAAUUCUAUUAUGAAUCAUCUAUUGCUGCCAUCAAAUUUGUCUUAUUAUGAUUAUGAGUAUUCGCUCCAUCUACUUUAAAUAUUAUGUUUUUUUACAUCACUUUAAAUAUUAUGUUAUAGCUAGGGUUUCGGGUCAUUUGUUAGGCGAACUCAUAUACUAUUUAUAAUACAUGGUUUAUGUAUGUAUGUAUCUUAAUUCUAUGCGAGGUCCAGACCUGGCUGUAUAGUAGCCUGUGUAUCAUGAGAUCUUCUUAUAUUUAUGAUUUAUGACACAA